AUGUCUAGCCAACCACUCCUACAAUCAGCCCCUGGCAAACGGAUAGCGCUCCCCACGCGGGUUGAACCCAAAGUCUUUUUUGCCAAUGAGCGGACCUUCCUAUCGUGGUUAAAUUUUUCUGUAAUACUUGGUGCACUAGCUGUGGGUAUGCUGAAUUUUGGCGACCGUACAUCCUUUAUUUCGGCCCUGGUUUUUAUGGCAGUGGCAGUUUGUGGAAUGGUUUAUGCUCUAUACACAUAUCAUUGGCGCGCAAAAUCUAUCCGGAAAAGAGGCCAGGCAGGCUUCGAUGACAAGAUCGGACCAACAGUACUUGCAGCAGCACUUAUAAUGGGAAUAGUCGUGAAUUUUCUUCUCCGCGUAAUAUCCAUGCGUAGGGAAGACAACUUGCAAAGAGGUGUCGUUGGACUUAGCCAAAGAUGA